AUCUAGCGCCCUCUGUUUGUACACACGCUUUAUGACAAAAUGGCGUCGAUUCUGGCCAGAGCCGUGGGUACUGCGAUAUUGUCGCAGAAUUUGAUGAGGAAUAGAGGUGCCCUAUGGAGUCGACUUGAGACAAGGAAACUGUGUUCUGGUGUCCCAGCUAAACCUACAGUGCGCGCACGCAGUGAGCUUCAGGCUAAUAGACUUGAAGAUUAUGGUAAAUAUGUGGCAGAUAUUUUGCCCAAGUAUGUACAGCAAGUACAUGUAAGCCACAUCAAUGAGUUGGAAGUGCUGAUCAGCCCUGAGGGAAUCAUCCCAGUCAUGACGUUCCUCAAAGACCAUCAUAAUGCACAGUUUAAAUCAUUGGUGGACAUAACAGCAAUAGAUGUACCUACAAGAACACAUCGGUUUGAGCUUAUCUACAACCUUUUGUCACUACAAUUCAAUGAACGGAUCCGAGUGAAGACCUAUGCAGAUGAACUGAGCCCAGUAGACUCCUUAGUGCCAGUAUUUCAGGCAGCCAAUUGGUAUGAAAGAGAGAUAUGGGAUAUGUAUGGCGUGUACUUCUCCAACCAUCCUGAUCUCAGACGCAUCUUGACAGAUUAUGGAUUUGAAGGACAUCCCUUGCGGAAGGAUUUCCCAUUGAGUGGUUUUGUGGAGGUAAGGUAUGAUGAUGAGUUGAAGAGAGUAGUUUGUGAACCCAUUGAGAUGGCACAGGAAUUCCGCAAGUUUGAUCUGGCAAGUCCAUGGGAAACCUUCCCUGAAUACAGAGAUGGUACAACACAGUUACCAGCCACAAGUGAAGAAGGGGAUAGCACAGAAAAGAGUUCAUCUUCCUAACAUAGAAUCUUUAAUUCAUUAGUGCAUUUACAUGUAUUAGCGUGUUAACCACUCCCUGCUGGGCGACCUGUUUUCGAGUACAUAGGCUUUAUAUGCAG